UCUCGCCUCGCCCGGCGCGCUCCGAGGAGCCGGGGCCCCGAGCAGCAGCCGCCGCCCGGCCGCGCGCCGGCCCUGACCGCAGCGGCGAGAUGAAUGAUUUUGGAAUCAAGAAUAUGGACCAGGUGGCCCCUGUGGCCAAUGGUUACCGGGGGACUCUCAAGCGCCAGCCAGCCUUCGACGCCUUCGACGGCUCUCUGUUUGCUGUCUUGCCUUCGCUGAAUGAGGAGCAGACGCUCCAAGAGGUGCCCACGGGCUUGGAUUCCAUCUCUCACGACUCAGCCAGCUGUGAAUUGCCCUUGCUGACGCCAUGUAGCAAGGCCGUGAUGAGCCAAGCCCUGAAAGCAACCUUCAGCGGCUUCCAGAAGGAGCAGCGCCGUCUGGGCAUCCCCAAGAACCCCUGGCUGUGGAGCGAGCAGCAGGUGUGCCAGUGGCUCCUCUGGGCCACCAACGAGUUCAGCCUGGUGAACGUGAACUUGCAGAGGUUUGGCAUGAAUGGCCAGGUGCUGUGCAACCUAGGCAAGGAGCGUUUUCUGGAGCUGGCCCCCGACUUUGUGGGUGACAUUCUGUGGGAGCAUCUGGAGGAGAUGAUCAAAGAAAAUCAAGAAAAGACAGAAGAUCAGUAUGAAGAAAAUUCACCCCUCAAUGCGGUUCCCCACUGGAUCAGCAGCAACACCUUAGGCUUUGGCGUGGAACAGGCACCGUAUGGGAUGCAGGCCCAGAGUUACCCAAAAGGUGGUCUCCUGGACGGCCUGUGCCCAUCUUCUGCAGCGUCUGGCACACUUGGCACCAGCACCGAGCAGGAGUUCUCCAUGUUCCCCAAGUCCCGCCUCAACACCGUCAGUGUCAACUACUGCUCCGUCGGCCAGGACUUCGCGGGCACCAACUUGAGUUUGCUCCCCAAUUCUGCAGGGAAACCCAAAGACCACGACGUGCCCGAGAACGGCCCCGACAGCUUUGAGAGUUCCGAGUCGCUGCUGCAGUCCUGGACCAGCCAGUCGUCCCUGCUGGACGUGCAGCGCGUGCCUUCCUUCGAGAGCUUCGAGGACGAGUGCAGCCAGUCCCUGUGCCUCAGCAAGCCGACCAUGUCGUUCAAGGACUACAUCCAGGAGAGGAGUGACCCUGUGGAGCAGGGCAAACCAGUGAUUCCUGCCGCCGUGCUGGCCGGCUUCACGGGCAGCGGCCCUAUCCAGCUGUGGCAGUUCCUCCUGGAGCUGCUCUCCGACAAAUCCUGCCAGUCAUUCAUCAGCUGGACCGGGGAUGGAUGGGAGUUCAAGCUUGCUGACCCGGAUGAGGUGGCCCGCCGCUGGGGCAAGCGGAAAAACAAGCCCAAGAUGAACUACGAGAAGCUGAGCCGGGGCCUGCGCUACUACUACGACAAGAACAUCAUCCACAAGACGUCGGGGAAGCGCUACGUCUACCGCUUUGUGUGUGACCUCCAGAACUUGCUGGGCUUCACGCCCGAGGAACUGCACGCCAUCCUGGGCGUCCAGCCGGACACGGAGGACUGAGCGCCCCGGGCCGCCCCGGGCCUCCGGCAAAGCCCGCUCUGACCGGCUGCUCCAAGGACCUGGAAAGGGCGGGAUUGAGUUCGUCCAGGCAGGUGGCCGAGAAGCGCCUGGCCUCUUUCCAUCCCAAACCAUGCCUCCUCGAGGCGGGGGCGGCGCAGCCCCUCAGUUCUGGCCUGCAGACGCCACACACAGGAAACGCCGUGAAAGGAGGUUUCCCGGGAGGCUGCUGGCUCCGAGCAGGUGGCGGCUGCCCGACAAGGCUGAUCGUGGCUGUGGGCCUUCCUCACAGGCAGCCCGUGUGCGUGGACGCACAGGCACGUCCCUGAUUCCCUGCUGCAGCCAGGGCCGGCAAACACUAAAGCCCCAAGUUGGCGAGGGGUGAGGAGGUUGGGAAGGAAGCGAUCAUUUCAGAAAGGGGGCUUGUACAUACCGCUGUAAUCUUGACCUCGUCACCAGAACCCUCUCAGAGUCCUAUUUAACAGAGUUGUAUAUUGUAAUUUAAAGUAAUUAUGUAACUGCACGCAGUGGAUGCGUUGAGUUCAUUCUUCAGUGGGCCCACAUGGUGCCGUACCUGAGAGGCACCUGCCAGGGCAGCCGCCGGGAGGGCGUCGGCAGGAAGGAGGUCCUCAAGGAGUGACCCCUGCGUUGUGUUUUUCUUGGUUUUGUUCUUUUGCCUUGAUUAAUAAAUGGCAAAGACUUUGUACAUUUGGGGAUUUUUACAUUGGGGUAUGGACUGGGGCACCGGCUGGCCCCCCACCCUCUGCUUUCACUGUACAGUAAAAAUGACAGAGCACUAUUUUUCUCGACAAACGGUCUGUUUUCCACUUCUGUGCACGCCUCUCAGCCAGUUUGCACACACGGCCUGUCUCGCGUCUUAGCUCACCUCGGCCCCGGGCCGCCGGUCCCCUUUCCUGCUGCGCCCGACCGGUCACUAGGUGUGAUUAAAAUAAGAGUCUUAUUUUUGGAAAUAUGCAACUCCUUUUCAGAGAUCAGGAGGGAUUUGUGUAGCAGCUAUUUUUACUGCAGAAGUAAUUCACUGGAAAAAGUAAUUUGUACGAAAGCUUUAUUUUUAACUCUGCUCCCAGGGACGUUAACCACACUGCCUGGAGCAGGAGCGGGAGGGCUAGGGCAGAGCCCUUUGGAAGCUCCGCCCCUUCCCGGGCUGCUGUGCUGGCGCUGGCCCGGCGUCCCUUCUGCUCGGGGUCCGCAGUGGAAUUCUGUUCUUGAACCCAAAGGCACAGGGAAGAUAAGCGAUAUGGGAUAGAGCACAUUGUUAGCACAUGU